CAGUAACUGUUCAAGCGACAGCGACGCGGCGCUGCAGCGGCGACAGAGCAAUUGAGCGAAAUCAGCAACAGCUGCAGCGACGCUUGCGGGAGGGGCACGCGCACGCUCACUGAUGGCGGAGAAGAUGCUCAAGAUGAUGAUGAUGAUGAUGAUGCCAGUCAGCCUCAAGAGCCACAACACAAUGCCAAGUGCCAACAACAACAGCAACAGCAGCAGCAAGCACAGCGAAAGGGAAAAUUAAGUGCCAAAGGCAAGAAGAGCCAACAGAUUUUCACCAGCAAAGCAAACUCGAAACCAAAUUUACAUAACAAAACAAGACAGGAAGAAGAAGCAGCAGCGGCAGCAGCAGCAGCAGCAGCAGCGAAGAGUGCAAAAGAAGCAGUGGGAGAAGCAGUACGAAAAGCAGUUGGAUAAGCAGUGCAAGCAGAAGCCAAAAGCAGCAGCAGAAGAGUUCGCGGUAAGCGCAGCAGCAAUGUCAACUGCACUGGGCAGCGGCAGCAGAGGGCGUGGCAGUCAGGGCAGCACCCUGUGGGUGUUGCUUCUGCUGGCCACAACCGUCCUCAGUAGCAGAGCAGCGCCCACAGCGGUGGAAGUGGCUGCGGCAGUGCAGAGCAGCAGCACCAGCACCACAUUUGGCAGCACCACCACCGAGCUGGAGAGCAACGUGCCAAAAGGAAACACCAAGCCACCACCAACCACCAGUGGCACCACCAAGACACCACUUGUGGGCAAUGCAACAACCGAUAGAGAACCACCAACGAAAGCCGAGAGCGAUGACCACCUCAUGCAGCCACCACAGGCGGUGGUGCAGCUGCUGGACUUGGAGCACACAGAGGCCCCGCCCAUGAACAGUGGACACGAUGGCCUCAAGCUGACGCGAAAGAAGCAGCUGCAGCAGCAGCAUUUCCCCACACCACCAGCAGCGGCAGCAGCAGCAGCAGCAACCACUUCACCCACCGUGGAAACAAGCAGCACCACCAGAACCACCAUAACAACAACAACGGCCACAACUGCAAUUGAAUCGGAAAUGGAGAGGAUUCCAAUACCCACCAGCAGCAGUCCGGGCACAACCAAGCCCCUGCUGCCCGUGCACAAUGGAUACUUGGGUCCGAUAUUCAUGGGCGAGAAAACAUUUGCUGUGGUGCACCCGCUGAAGAAGCCGCAGCCGCCGAACCACCUGCACGUGGCAUCGAUCGAGUCGCAGCUGCGCAACGGACGCCUCGUGGAGAUCCUGGCCCCCACGUCGCUGCUCGAGCAGCAGACAGAGAGCACCACAGCCACAGCCACAGCCACACCCGAUUCAGCCUCGAUGCUGCCAUCGAUUUCGGUGCUUUCCAGCACGGUUUUCCAGGUGCCAGAGCCGCUGACGAGCACCACGCGCCUGCCCCUGAGCAGUGGCCCCGAGCCAGUGUCGGGCCCAGCGCCACCGCGCACCGAAUCCAAGAUCUCGGACAUACAGAUCGAGGUGUAUGACUCCACGGUGGACUCGAUUGUGGCAUCCACGAACUUCCGCGACAACGAGGGCUACUAUCCGCCGCCAGUGGAGUCGGGCACCACCCGGCCACCGCGACCGCCAGUGGGUCCGCCCCAGGAGCGCUUCACGCAGUACGUAAUCGAUCGGGCCGAUGUCUCCACGCAGCCCGCCUCGAGUGGCUCGCUGCUGGGCAAGCCCGAGCCGGCGGCCAUUGAGAUCCACAUCAAUGUGUCCGAGGCCUUUGGCAGCGAGAGCGAGGACCUGGAGUUCUCGUACCGCCAGCCGCAGCUGAAGCCGAGCAAGCCCAGCGAUGAGAUUCUCGUCGUGGAGAUCAUCGACAACGGCAACGGAAACGGCAACGGGGACAACAGCAGCACGGAGAGCUCAUCGAGUGGCGAGCACAUCAAUCCGAUAUUCACCUUCCGCUCGGACGCGGUGGCCAAUCCUCCGCCCGCGGUGCGACCGCCCCAGCUCCAGGAUGCCGAUGAGCUCUUCAUGGCGGAUCUGAAGGAGGGCGAAGGUGUGCCACGGCCACCGCCACCGCCACCACCGCCGCCACCGCGAAAGCCCAGCAUCGAUCGCGACUCGGACACGAUCUUUUACAUUUCCAACACGGAGGUGAAGGUGGGCGAGUCCCUGCCCACGGGCACCCCUGCCAGCGAUCAGCAGCAGCGCAAGUUCCAGCUGGAGAAUCAGUUCUUCCCGGCCAGCUACGUGAUGGAUCAGCAGCAGCAGCAGCAGCAGCAGCAGCGAUCCUCCCUGGCAACACCUCGCUACGAGGAGGACAUCAUUCUCUCGCCUGUGCACAACACCGCCGAUGCCUUGAAGAUCUUCCGCAGCACGGGUCCGAGUAGCGGCGAUGGAGCACCGCCGCUGGACGUCACCUAUGUGGGCGAGUCGGUGAUCGAGGUGGAGCAGCAGCCGCAGAGUGCCGGCAGCACACAGGCACCGCUCAGCCACUCGCCCCAGUCGGACAUCGUCAUUCAGCCGGCCGUGCUGCCCGAUCUGGCGAUUGGGGUGCCCGUGAUCGGGGAGCUGCCGCCGCAGAUCGAGCUGAAGGAGAUCGACUACAUGCCCGGGGAGCUGGGCGGCAUGGGCAUCUACGAGAACGACAUUCAGAGCAACAGCAUCGGCAUUGGCGUCGACAGUGAUCCGGAUGUGAUCGAGAGCUCCAUCCAGUAUGGCGGCGACCUCAUCGAUGAUGGCGCAGGCGGCGGCUUCGAUGGCGUUGAGGGCUCCUAUCCCUUCGACAGCCCAGCGCAUCGUCAGCUGCAGGAUGGCCAGGAUCAUCUGCCCCGCCACUCGCCUGCCAGUCAUCUGCACCGCGAACAGCUGCCCAUGGCGGAGCUGUUGAAUGCCACUCUGCUGCAGCACAAUGAGAACGGCUCGGUUGGCGGCGGCGGCGGCGGCGGCGGCGGCGAGUCUGGCAGCGUCUCGGCCAUGGCACCGCUCCUCUCCAGCGGUGUGGGCAACCCCCAGGCACUCGGCAACGCCACAGCCCUGUCCGAUGACACGCUCGAUGACUUUGAGAGCUAUCUCAAUCUGUUUGCCGUCUCCAUGGGUCUCAUCAUUGUCGUUCUACCCUCGGGCCUGCUCAUCUCCAUGUACUGUGCCAUUCGUUAUAUGCUGAACAAAAACGCGCGAAAGGGACUCUGCGGCGCCCACAGCGAUGACAGCGAGCAGGGCACGGACUCCAAGAAUGAGGACAUCUCCAGGAACGCGCGAGAGACCAAGAUGCACACGGACAAGGAUGGAGUGUUUGUGGUGGAAGUGGCACGUGGCAUUGACUCCAAGCAGACGGCAGACAUGCCCGGAUCAGCGCUCGAGACCACCGAGCUGCCCUUCGACACGAAGCUGCAGCAGGCCAAUGGACUGCACAUCCUGGACGCACAGAGCCUGCCGCCCAGCCACGAGCAGGUGCAGAUCCAUGCUCCACCCAGCGACUUCAGCAAUCCCAUCUUGCCGCCGGUCAAUCCCACUUCGGGCGUGCUCCAUCUCAUCGAGGAGGCGGAGGAGCAGCUGCUGGAGGAGGCUGCCAGGCCACAGCAGGAGGAUCUCGCCCUGGUCGAUCUCGCACAAACCGGACUCUCCCAGUCGGAUCUCAGCUCCACCUCGUCGACCGACUCCAACAAGCGCUACUCCUACGGCAACCAGGAGCUGUAUGUCAUCGAGCAGUCCGGCUAUGCCACCAGCUCCCCCACAGCACAGCCGAUUCUGCCAACCAUCAAGCCGAAGGAGCAGCUCGAGGAGGAGAAAACGGGGGAGCAGACAGCAAAGGCUGAGGAACAGGCGCCAGAUUCAGAGCAGCAGACAGACACCAAGCCUGAACCAGAGCCAGAACCAGAGCCGCAGCUCGAGCUGAAGGCAGAAGCCAAGCCGGAGGAGGAACAGCAAGCCGAACCGGAACCGGAACCAGAACCGCAGCCAGAAAGUGUCACCGAAAUGGAACCCGACAACACCUACGACAGUCUGAUGAGUCUGCCUGCACCACCAUCCACCGAGGAGAUCAAGGAGCUGAAUGACUUCUCGCUGCUGGAGUCGAAUCAGUUGGACUCGCUGCCCCCACCGCCACCGCCACCGCUAGCCGAGGCAGAGCCGGAGAAGAAGGAGCCAGGGAAGGCCAUCAUCAGCCCCGGACAUGGUAAUGGGAACGGAAUGAGCAAGGUGUCCCCUGGAGUUGCCGAGGAGCCGCCGGCCACACUAACGCCGCCCGCCUCGCCGCCCGCAUCGCCACCACAGACGCCACAGUCCCCGACCACCAUCUAUGGCUCCAGCAAUGGCCUGCCCAAUGGCCACCAUGCCCUGGCCGCGGUGGUCGAUGUGAAUGGCAGUUAAGAAAGGCCAGGUAAGAGCAAAUCAUGAUCCAGAGAUGGAGAGCAGAAGCCCAGGCAGAUCCCAGAGAGGAGCGAAAGUUCUUCCUUCCUUUUUUUUUUUUGCAUCCGCGAAUAGUUCCCCUCUAGGGUGUAAGGAAAAAACAAAGCCCCAAAUGGGAUUCAAAUUAAACAAAAAAAAACACUAAAAACAAACGAGAAAAAGUUCCACUUGAAAGUUUUUUCGUUGAUUUUUCAAAUAUUACGAGAUAACAAUUACAAACGAUUCGUAUAAAUAAAUCAUAGUUAAUUGAUUGUCUAUUUGCGGCUGGUCGCUCCCCCAGCAAAAACCAAAACCAAAACCGAAAACAAAACAAAAUCCACCUUCAAGCCCAACUCUUCUCAACCCUUUUAUGGGGGGGAGAGGCGUACGGCUAAAGCGUAUUUAAAUGUCUAACUAAAAGGAAAACCAAAACCGAAAACAAAUAGAAAAUAAAAAAUGCAAACAGAAACAUACAGCAAAUACGAUCUACGAAAUAAGCAAAGCGAUGAAAAAAGAUGAUAAAAAAUGGUAAUUGAAAACUGGCAGAUACAAAUGGAAGCCCGUUGAGGCAUAAAGGCAAAAACAAACAGCAAGAAAAAAGCCCAAAAACCACACGAAGCGAUGCAGAAUAAUUACAUAUUACUCGCAUGUAAUAAAGCACAAUUAAUUAGUUUUAAUCAUUUACAAACACACAUUUACACACAACGAUUGGAACACAAUCGUAGCGAAAAUUAGGACAUAAUUAUUUACACAUUUGUUGCCACACUUUAAAGCGAGUUGCUCUGUGUCCGCAGGAGAUCAUUUCGAUUUGUUUGCAGUUUGCUGACAAAUUGAAUAGGUGGUAGGCGUAGGCGGAGGGCGGUGGCUCUUACAAUGAAUUGGUUUCAAAGAUCUCCGACAAACAUUGGAGUAAAAUGAGGCAGAAGGAGCGUUUUCCAUGCUCCUCGUUGGGGGAACAGAAGGAACAUUUUCAAUGUAAAUUCAAAGAAAAAUUCAGAGCCCUCAAAUUUCCCUGAAAUAUGAACCAAAGGAUGGACAUAUUUUGUGGCUAUAGUGGUAAAAGUUCACUGGUAGUUUAGCGCAUUCGCUUUUAUCCUUAUGAGACACAGAGCACUUGCAGAUCGUUUAUCCCCAGCCCAAAGCCCAAACCCAAAGCCAACCCGUAAACACCCACUUGAUGGAAUCAAAUGUGCCGAACUUUUGUGGCCAAAUGAGCAAACGACAGACACAAUUUACAAAGAGAAGAAAAACGAACCAUUUAUACAAUUGCGGCUGGAGAAUAGAUCACUUCCAGUACUCACUUGUGGAUGUACUUACGAUGCAACCUUUCAACACACAAAGAAAAGCCAAAGUUAGCUCUAGUUAUAGUCGAUAUAUUGUGUCCUUGUGUGGGAUGCAACAAUUCAAUGUUUCCCAACCAUACCGACAUAUGUAGAUGUAAGCAAUUAACUGGCAAAUUAUCGUAGCCACAGUGGAGAAACUUUUCAAUCUAGCAUUUGCCCAACAUAAAUAAUAAACACAUAACAAACAGCAAGCAACUAUGCACAUUGGUAUAUACACUUACGCAUAUACUACGGCUAACAGAUAUUAUAGAUCGAAGCUCGAAAGAACUCUCUCAGAAGUAGAACUAGAAAUAUUAGAAGAGUGGGGGGAAUGGUCGUGCACUGCAAGUGGCGCGGCGCGUAUGUAUUUUGUAAGUAGUAAGAAUUAUACAUUACGAGUCUACACGCAUGCAUGCAUACAUAUGUAAUGUAAUGUAAUGUAAAGUAUGUGAGCAGAUGCCAGACUUCCCGCUGGAACAUAGUCCCUGACUAACGUUUAACCAAUUCUGUUGUUUAAGUUUGUUCCAAUUGUUUUAUUGACAAUUACCCAAACAAAAAA